AUGCACGCACGUUCGUUCCUGGAAGCAUGCCCGCCCACCGGUUGCCCCCCCGCGUCUCUAAGACAAACGGGCCGCGCCUCGGCAGACCCCGAUGGGGCCGCCAGCAAAGGGAAGCUACGGCAAAACCAGGCCUUGACGUGGCCCAUCUAUCCCUCCCUCAGUCCUGCCCGCCUGCUAGCUAAGGCACUUCACGAACAUGUCGCUGGUGCCUUAAAUCGUCACUCCCCUCUUCACAUGCCUGCGCGUCCAGCCCAACGGCCACGACAUGCCUCAACCUCGUCGCCCUUUAUCGACCCUCGGCCCCAGCAGCACCAUCCCCGCGUCCACCCUGGUCGUUCAUUUGUGCUAGGGUCGUCAUGGCGCCGAGACGAGACGAACCCAAGGCCAGUAAUCAUUGGCCGCAGCCCUCGGCGCAACGAGCGAUAGGCGAGGAUCCCCAGCGGCGACGCUCGAGAACCCAUUUGCGACGUCACCUGGCGGUCAUCGUCGUCCUUUUGUGCGCCUUCGUCCUCGCCUACUUUCGUGCCCCCGCGUGGACAGGCGCUCCUCUGCUCUCCUCAGACCCAUCGCUGCACAGCGUCUGGCACAAUGUCUCCGACGAUGCCCACACGAACGUUUGGGCAAGCGACGCCUUGCCCGCCGGCGACUGGCCAGAAGACCAGUAUCUCCUCGGCGUCGGCAAGGCGGACAUCACCGGCCCCGUUGUCGAGUUGAAUAUGAUGGGCUAUGCAGAUUUUGGACAGAUCGGCAGCGGUCUACGCCAGAGGCUAUAUUCGCGGGCCUUUAUCGUCGGCGACCUUCACAACCCAUCCGACCGCUUCGUCUACCUCGUCCUCGACGUGCAGUCUGGCGAUACAGCAGUACGAUACGGUAUAAUACGAGGCUUGCAGGCUUUGGGUCCCCGCUACUCCAUGUACGGCCACGACAACGUCGCCGUGAGUGCGACGCACUCCCACUCCGGGCCCGGCGCCUGGCUCAACUACCUCCUCCCCCAAAUCACUAGCAAGGGAUUUGACCGGCAGAGCUAUCGGGCCAUCGUUGAGGGCUGUAUCCUCUCGAUCCGUCGCGCCCACGAAAGCCUCGGGCCUGGCUCUUUGAGCUUUGGCAAGACUAAAAUACCCAACGCCGGUAUCAACAGGAGCUUAUACGCAUACCUCGCCAACCCGGCCGAAGAACGCGCCCGAUACAACAUCAGCGCCGGCGACGACGGCUCCGUCGAGAUGGACAUGACGGCCCUCAAGUUCCAGCGAACCUCGGACGGCAAGAAUAUCGGGGUCUUGACCUGGUUCCCCACGCACGGCACCUCUAUGCAGGCCAACAACACACUGAUCACUGGCGACAACAAAGGCGUCGCGGCAGACAUGUUGGAGAAGGCGGUUCAUGGUGGCAAUAUGGAAUCCGAUGACUUUGUUGCCGGCUUCUCACAGGCCAACAUGGGGGACGUGAGCCCCAACGUUCUCGGGGCGUGGUGCGAGGACGGCUCUGGUCAACGGUGCAGCUUCGAAGACAGCACUUGCGGCGACGGCAGAUGCAACAUGUGCCGUGCCAAAGGCCCGGGGACCGAACAGGAUGACCACGGCGCAUCCUCCUGCCUCGAGAUCGGCAAGCGACAGUAUGAAGGAGCUUUGCGGCUGUAUGAGUUUCUGAACGCCGAAGAACCCAUCCACGUACGGGGCAAGGGCGUCAAGGCUUUCCACGAAUUCCACGACAUGUCCGAUUUUCACUUUGCCCUUCCCAAUGGCUCAACGGUCCGGACAUGUGCUGCAGCUCUGGGCUAUUCUUUCGGGGCCGGAACGUGGGAUGAACCCGGUGGCUACGAUAUUGUACAACACCUCUCCACGAAGUCAAAAUCUUCGUUCAUCUGGAGGGUCGUCACCUGGCUCUUGAGGGCGCCCGGUCAGGAUCAGAUUGCCUGCCAGGCACCCAAGCAUAUCCUGCUGGAUGUCGGGGAAGUGAUGCGGCCGUACGAAUGGACGCCAAACGUUGUCGACGUUCAGACGUUUAGAGUCGGUCAGCUUUUCAUCAUUGUGAGUCCCGGCGAGGCAACGACGAUGGCUGGCAGGCGGUGGAAAGAAGCUGUGGCCAAGCAUGGCGCCCGGAUCUUGGCCGACGACCUCGGCGACAGAGAGCCCCUCGUCGUUCUCGGGGGGCCAAGCAAUAGCUACACCCAUUACAUCACAACGGAGGAGGAGUACGGUGUCCAACGGUACGAAGGAUCUUCUACGCUCUAUGGGCCGCAUACGUUGGCAGCAUACAUAGACCGGACUGUCUCGUCACUCGAGCAUCUGCGGAGCCGCAACGCUCCUACGCGGAACUCGGCAGCUUCGCUGGUGCUGCCUCCGGACAACAGCAACCGCUCCUUUAGCUUCAUCCCGGGUGUUCUUUACGAUAGGACGCCGCGAGGCCUCGCGUUCGGCGAUGUCGUCUCAGACGUCAAUGUCAGCAGGCUCCGCUUCACGCACUCGGAGACAGCGCAGGCUGUGUUCGUGGGGGCCAACCCGCGUAACAACCUGCGGCUGGAGGACACGUACGCCGCCGUCGAGUACCGUAGCUCACCACGUAAUAACUGGAAACGGGUCCGCGACGACUCCGACUGGGACUUGACGUUUCACUGGAGGAGAACCAGCAACCUCCGCGGCACCAGCGAGGUGACGAUUGCCUGGAGAAUAGAGCCCUGGGCGCCGCCAGGUGAUUACAGACUGCGAUAUUAUGGAGAUUUCAAGUCCAUCACUGGACGCAUCACCUCCUUUGACGGCGCGAGCAGGGCAUUCAGGGUCUCUUGAAAGGUUUUAUUCACGGUAUAGCAUGCACGGCACGGAGUUACAGCGGCAAAUGCGUCUAUUUUUGUGGAAAUUUUGUGGGUUUCAUGUACAGGCAACGGACAGGCAGAGAGACAAGCCGGAAUGGCACACAGGCAGAUAGGCGGGAUAGUAGAUUGGCUAGACAGCAAACACACAGACGAGCUGGACAGCAUACACAUAGGUGGGCUGGAUAGCACACACCGAUGGGCUGGGCAGCAGGCAAGCCGGACUGGCAGACAGGUUGGACAGAAGGCAUCCCGAUGCAGCAGAGGACCCGGGUAGCAUCCGCUCCAUACAGGAAGGAUACAGUGGCGCCCUUUGCGGCCGUCUUCUUCCCGCUCAUCACUCGGUGCAGCCUAGGGACAUUACCCAAGGGAACCAAUGGCGGCGGCAGUUGCUGGUUCGCAGUUGCUGGUUCGGGACCCGUGGCCUGCCUCGUUGACACGGCACCAGGGCUCGCCAUAUGCUGCCGCUACGCGAGCGCCCGCCCGGGAGGCGCGGAUGUUAUGAGAACCACAGCAGCACAUGCAUAUGAGAUAGGAUGGAGCUGGGCGCAUCGUCCUGCGCGUUUCAUUACACGGAGGGCCCCCGGACAAUAGAAGCCCGCCCGGAAG